AAGAGAGAGUGGGUAGAGCAAAAGUGUGGCGAUAAUGUACCUGUGGUGAACAGAAUAACGCCAAUAAAACAGUACCUGUAAUGGAGAAGUGGGGGAGGGAUAUGGCAUUCUUACAAACCUGUUUUCUAAAUUCAACUCAUUGUUAUACAACAAAGAGGUACAGACGAAAUCAAUAAUAGCGCUAGUGAUUAUGCCAUUGUAUUCACUACGGGAAGGUCCUUUCGAACCGGCUUACUGAACCCCUCAACGACCAAUGCAAACUUACACUGUCGCUUAUUGAAUAUGGUCCGCAAAACUAACCCGAAAUUAUUUUUAGCAUGACCUACAGAAAUAGUACUGUGUCCUGAAAUCUGACAGCAAGGGCUAUUUCAUACAAAUUCAACAUUCAUUUACAUCGAUACUGUUAACAAGGACAUGGAGCCAUGUAGGUGAAGAUGUUGCGUGGUUGCGGUUACUCGACAUUGAUAGCAGAAAAUGAACAUUAAGAGCUACACACGGAUAGAUCUGACGACCAUCUCUGUUAAUCUUCAGCAAGAUGGCGACGGAUGACACCCAGUCAUUACAGUCCUUAGGGAUAACCCCUUACUUCAGUUCCUCAUCACGUGACUUGAGAUUGGAUUUAAAUUAUCGCAAUAUCCAACGCCUGCCUUAUGACCUUUUCAAAUUGGAGGACCUGCAAUGGCUGAACCUCAAUGUGAACAAGCUACAUGAGCUGCCUCUGGAGUUUGGAGCGCUGAGGAAACUCCGAUGGCUGUAUCUUGAGAACAACCUCUUCGACAGGUUCCCCGAUGUUCUCUGUGAGCUUACAGCGUUGGUACGGCUCUACUUGAGUACGAACAGUCUCAAGAUGAUCCCGCGAGACAUAUGCAGGUUAACUGAGCUGCGGUGGCUUGACCUUUCAGACAAUUCCUUCUGGGAGUUUCCUCUGGGUCUCUGUGACAGUGCCUUGUCAAAAUUGGAGCGACUGAUCAUGGACAACAACAAACUGACCUGCCUGCCAGCUCAGGUUUCGAUCCUGAAAGGGUUGAAGACAUUCCACUUAAGUGACAACCAACUGGAGUGGUUGCCUCAGACUAUUUGCGAUAUGGUGAAGCUGGAGGAACUGCAGCUGACGAACAACCCCCUGAAAACUCUUCCCGCCUACUUCGGCGAACGACUGAAAAGGCUAAGAAUCUUAGUCUGCAAGGGAUGCCCUUUUAUUCAACCUUUGAAGAACUCGGUGGAUAAAGGAAUGACGUCACUUCGUGAAUACCAGGGAGUCAUCAAUAGACGAUGUGAACACAGUGGGUUGGUGUAUUUUAAGAAGCAGAACGAUGGCAGUGGUGAGAAACCUUGCUAUCGCAUGAGGACUAGACCGAGGGGAGUGGCAGUAAUCAUAGAUAACUUGUCUGAUCUAGGAUCCAAAGAUAGAGAUGAAGACGGAAGGACAUCUACGCCAAGUGGGCAUAGUAGUUCGGACAUUCUCCGAUCUGUUCUACUGAAGCUUGGUUUCAACGUGAGGAUGAUGCGAGGUUUGAUGUCUCUCGACAUUAUCUCAGCUCUUCGCUUCAUCAGUCUCGAAGACCACUCCUACUUUGACUGUCUCAUGGUUUGUGUUUUAUCUUACGGAGGCCAAGGGAAGGUGAUAGGACCUGAUGGCGUGUCGGUGGACGUCAAGCAACUGAUGGAAAUCUUCUCCCGAGAAAACUGUCCAUCUCUUGCGGACAAACCCAAGAUGUUCUUCCUACAGGUCCUGGACAAGCACCCGUCCUCUUCACCAAGGUCGCCCGGUGCGUCGGGUAGUCCAGCAGUGACUCCAAGGAACCUUAACAAAGGUGGGAAGCGUUCAUCACAGAUGUCGGAAGACCCUACCGCCGCACUCAUUCCUGACGACGACGACUUCCUGCUCACUGUUGCCAUGGUACCGCCUGCUGCCGUGUGCGAGUCCCUCCGCGACGUAUACACCCUCUACGUCAACGUCCUCUUCGGGAUGAUGGAGAAAUACGCCCGCAAGCUUAACAUUCUUGAUGUCGUAAAUGCUGUCCAUAGUGAAGUAAGGACGAUACGAAUAGCCACUGUGGAUGGUAAAGGGACUUCCAUAAAGCCUAUCAUCCAGUCUUCUCUGAAGUAUAAUCUUUACCUUAGUGUACCCACCACUCUUGUUACUCCUACUAGUAGUCUGGGAAUGGCAAGUCCGUAGUAGUGCUCAUCUGUACUGACCUCAAUAAUUUGAGUAUUAUUGAAAUAUCAUUACGUUAACGCGGUCGCAAAGACUUUCGAAAACAACUUAAAGUCGUAUCAAUAGCCUCGUCCGUCGCCUUUUUGUCUGUCCGAACAUUGAAGCAGUGGUUUAAGGUAUAGACCAGUUUUGGAAACGUCCCCCUCUCAAAAAAUGAAAUGGAAGCUCUCAUUACCAAUCAUGUGAAAGAAUAUGUUUUGACUAAUACGUGAUGAUACGCAUUUUGCCGGGAAACCGCCUACUAAUUGAUUGGUAAAUUAUCAAAUCGAUCGGGCCUGGAUAGAUAUCGAGAAUGCACUUCAACAUUAAAUCAUUAUUUUGGCAUGGAAUAGUUCAUUUAGGGUAUUGAAAUAACACUUGAGUUGAUUUUUCGAAAGUUUUAGCGAUCGUGUUCAUUACUAAUAUUAAGAAUACAACUACCACUAUUAAACAACAUUUGAAAGUUUCAAAGGAAUAUUCCUUACGAGGAGGCUUACAUUCUUUUACUUGUGAAUAAACCUUACAAUAAGAAAUUACUUUUUUGGGUUCUUAUAUCAACUUAUACUAACAAAACAGAUAGCAAGAGGGUCGCUCAUGGAAAAGGUAUGACGUAAGCUUGUCAUAAUGAGCUUAAAACCAUUGGAAGUUAAACAAUUUAUUGCAUAUUCACAUGAUAAUAACCGAAACGAAUCGUACUCAAAACAGACAUUGUGACAAUCGAGUGCUCGAAUUUCGAUUCAUUAGGGGUCUCAAUAAGUCUAUAAGUUAUACAAACUUAUUAGCAAGUCUCUGAUUUAACUUAAUAACUUGGUUAAAAUGAUUUUUGUUGUUCACUAGAUGACAUUCGAGACUCGUAACUGACAUAAAAAAUAUAGAUAGUAAAGAUAAUUCUAAAAUAUAAUCAUCAAUGAAAUUUAAUUUAUCAUACAUAGAUAUUCACAUUCCAGGUAUGAUUGAAUUUAUCGGAUUGCAUGAAGCUCUUUUCGUAGUAACCUAAUGCCAGUCUUACUGUUCAAGAUAUAGUUAGAAUAUUCAUAUAUAAAUAUCCAAAUAUGGAUAAUAAUUGUAUUGACCAAACACUUGGAACACAGUGAACAAACUUGACACAGAAAUAUUUAUGAAAUAUUUGCAGAUGGAAAUUUGUUUUAAUGCAAAUAUACACUGCUUUGUCACGACAGUAUAGGGCUUUUCGAAUUCCUUUGACGCCUUUAUCCAUGUGCUUACUCACCGCGCAAUUGGAGUCGUCAUUUUCGUCUUAAUGUAUGCAAUUCUAUGAGAAAAAGUGUAGGAUGUAUGCAUAAAUUUGUUAUAUCGAGCAACACUCGCUCAAACUUGAUCCUGGAUCAUGAAGACAAUUUACUGUAUAAUCAUUAUUCAUAGCAUGUGGUUGAGUUUGUGAACGAGUUGAUUGCCAGACUGCUCGGAGAGGUGACAAUAAUUCAUUACCUGAACUGAACUACUUCUACAUUCAAAUUUGGAGGUCACCACGAGUAAUGUGAACUAUACUUUGUAGACGACUUGAAUAAAUUUGUAAAACCGUCUAUAUUAACAACUGUUGAGGGUUCAGAGAUAGAGGCUACGCAAGAUUUUCUACCGAAAGAGAUGUUAUCCUACAUCGGGUUGGAUUUCCUUUACUUUUAUCGGAUUGUAUCUACAUAUAUAUUGGUUUCUUCUAGAAAUCUUUGAUCGGGUAAGGUGCAAUUUGGCCUGCUUGUGCGGGCAUACUUAUCAUUUAUUUAUUUCCAUUAUUUGUGAUGAUUUUGGGGCUGAAUAGGAAUGGUUUAUGACUAGAUUCCAAUCUGAGCCGUUAGUGGAUAAAGAAUUCAUGUAAAUGAUCAUUGUAAUGAUCCAUAUACAGAUGUUUAUUUUUGAUAACGUUUUAAUACCUCUUGCAUGCCAUGUGUUAUCACUUAUAUUUUGAGAGUUUGACUGAUUAUGAGAUCGAUAAUUUUCACUCUAACCACCUUAUAAUUGUAUUUCGUCCGUUGAGAGCCAGAAAGACAUUAAAUUUGCGUUCAGUACCAUGACUUUAA